AUGUAUACAUUAAAAGCUCUUACAGAAACACUUGAAAAAAAAAAUUUGUCUUUAGUUGACGCUGCUACUUUAAUAGAUACAACUAUUCAAGUUUUAGAAGAAAUUAACUCAAAUACAAACUCAAUGAAUAAUUUAAUUGACAGUGCUAUAUCAUUUUCAACAACUUUAGGAAUAAAUCCAGAAAAUGAUUUUAAAAUACACCAUCGUCAUAAAAACCCACCUACUUGGUUAGACAAAAACUCUAAAACUCAGAUGAAACAUAUUUUGUCAUUAACAAAAACAGUUUGUGAUCUAGCUCUUACCGCUCCAGUCAGUGUUGCAACAAAUGAGAGAACUUUUAAGAAGGACGUAGCAGAUAAACUUAAUUUGAGCAAUAUUGUCAAUGACUGGGCAUCUUUAAAAAAUCGAAGAAUUCAAUUAUUGUAA